AUGCGGCCUUUCUACUUCAAUCUCCUUCCUGCGCUCUCCCUAUUCUCCCUAUCCGCGGCCACCACCACCUCCUCUCAGCCACUGUCAGCCGAGAUCCUAUGCUGGCCUGUAGCGUCACCCGAGCCGUCCGUCCUUGCUCACGUCUCGUACGAUUCGGCCACCUUGCAACCAGAACUCACCUUCCCUUCAACGAAUAUUGUCGCCGCGUGCGGUGAUCACGAACCGCAGGAUGAGUCCAAUGACUUGAUUCGUCUGGGCCUGUACACCUCUACGUCUACAAACACCAAACAAUGGGUAGGGACACUCGUCUCAAGGUCCUCCCUCAUAGGGGGCGAGACCGACAGGCCAACGCUCCGGCUUCAUGUCGGCCCGUCCAACAAAAUCUACUACGUUGACUUGCUGUCGUCUACCUCAUCGAUUUCUUCUUCUACGCCUGUAAGCCCAAAGUUGGAGCUGUUGUCUAAUCAAGCCGGUCCACGCCCACAUCUCAAUCAGCCUAUCGUGCUUGGUCCGGAUGGCAAAAAUACAGAGGAGGUCGUCGAGAAAACUAUAUUCCAAAAAUACUGGUGGGUUUUCCUCAUUAUCACAUUCCUGGCUAUGUCUGGCGGCGGGGAAAACCAGUAG